AGAAAUGAUAACAUGAAUUUAAAAUAUGUGUUUUAAAAGUUAAAAAUAAACUUGUUGGUUCAUUCAUAUGUCCAGCUUCUAAUUUUACCAAGAACAUUAUAUGAUUAUUGUUCGCAGUUUUUGAGAAAGUAUCUCAUGCAACAUGGAAACAAUACAUUACUUACACUAUACUGUGACAUAAAAUGCACUACACUGAAUUUCAUGUGCUGUAGUAAAUGCAUAGGCAAUGCAUUUUUGUAAACUGAACGCUGAAUAUAUCCAUGCGUAAUUAACCUGUUUGUACUUUCAGUUAAUGUGAUUGUUCUUAAUUAUGACUCAUUGUGGAUUUAGUUUCCGUUUAGAUAUAUAGAAAAUGGAAAAUUUAAAGGUUAUUUGUAGGACAAUGUCACAACAUUAUCUGUACUAUGAAGAUAAAAUCACAUAUCAUAGUAUGUGACCGGAGUAGUUAAAUGUUUCUAUUUUUACAAAUUUAAAAAUUGUGUAAUAAUGGUCAACUGGUUUUAUCUUUACACGUGUUUAAUCAGCAGUAAUUAUAAGUAAAUAACACAUGACAUGCCUGAUGUAAUAGUUAAAUUUACAUCUAUCUAGAUACAGUGGAAUUACGUUAAAAGCUUUGUCAAGUUACGAUAAAUAAACUUUAAACAAAACAAAGUGUUAGAUAUGGCGCCAGUUAUUUCUACUACUUCUGAAGAUAGUUCUAAUAAAGCAAAAGAGUGUGUUCACGCGAACGAAAUAGACACAGAUUUUAUAAGAACGCAUGACGCCGAAACAAAAUCUCUAGUGGAAGAUGGUGCAAAAGAGGACAUAACUUUCAGAAGAAAAUUUCCUACGAAAGAAACACUCGAGCAGUCAAAUGAAAGUGAAACUGAUGCCGAUCAGCUUGAAGACGAUGCUGCCAAUACUAUCACUGUAGAUGAACAGAGGGCACCUGAUGGAGGUUGGGGAUGGUUUAUCGUUAUUGGGGCUCUCCUUCUUCGUACAGUCGUAGGAGGUCUUGGCAGAUCACAUGGGUUAUUCUACAUUAAGUUUAAGGAAAGAUUUAAUGGGACCGCAACCUCCACUGCCCUCGUUACGUCUCUGACUGGUUUUAUGAGACUCUCUGCAGGUCCAGCAGUGAGUAUAUUAAGUGGGCGGUUUCGUUGCCGACUGCUGACAUUAUUUGGGACAGUUAUAUUAUUUUUGGGUCUUAUUCUUACUGGGUUUGGCCCAAACCUGCAAUUUUUGUAUUUCAGCUAUGGAGUUGUAGCAGGCUUAGGUCGUGCCUUUACGCUUUCACCAGUGCCUAUUUUAUUAGGUUACUAUUUUAACAAGAGAAGAAGUUUAGCAUUUGGCCUGGCCUCGGCUGGAUUUAGUAUCGGAGGGUUCGCGAUCACACCAAUGGUGGAGCUGCUCUUUCAACACUAUGGCUUUCAGGGAACAUUUCUAAUACUAAGCGGAUUUGCAUUGAACAUCCUCGUGUCGUCUGCACUGUUCCGACCUAUAGAAUUACACAGAAAACUCACAUCUCCAAACAGAAAUUUCAAAAAGACCGACAGCAGUUCAGACGUUAAUUCAUUGGUAUUUAAAAGUUUGGAACAAAUAGAAUCGGGGACAGUUCUCGGUUCUUCCACAAUUUCCAUAAAUCGCCUGCAUGUGAAAUCGAAUGGAGCAAAUUAUUCUUCAACGUCAUCUUUGAAUAAACCAAAAUCUCCGCCCGGCUUUUCAGGGAGACAAAUUACGGACCAUAGUCAAAGUGUGAAUUCACAGAAUAUUUUCCUGGGUGAAAUGCAAAAUACAUCGGCGGACUCUAAGGAAACUAAUGGAAAUGGAGUUGAAAUGUCCAUUCUAUCAAAAACACAUACUAAAUCUAAAAACGGUACAGUUGAUAUCCAUGAUGGUUCUCUAUGUAGAGACGAACAAGAACACGGUGAAAAUAAAGACAAACUUCUACAUACAAACAAUGAUGAAGAUACGGGUAUUGAGGAUUCUGAUAUAGCACGCAAUAACAUAUGUAAAUGGUGUUGCUUCAAACGAAGGACAAUGAAAGACCUUGAGAAGAAGAAGAAAACGAAGCUGAUAUCGUGGUCUGUAUUAAAAGACACACGUUUUCAGUGUUUCGUUUUUGCAACUUUUUGUUUUACUCUUCCGAGCAGUGGUUUAUUUUUGCCUGCUUUAGCAAAGUCAAAAGGAGUAUCAGAAAUUCAAGCCGCUACACUUCUGUCUAUAUCUGCUGGUUGUGACACUGUUUUCCGUGUUCUCUCGGGCAUUGUGCUAGAUCUCAAAGUUUUCCGAUCCAUCCGACCUCUCAUCUACAAUGGUGUCACUUUUUUGCAAGGAAUUGUAGCUGCAUUAUAUCCCUUGAUGACAAACUAUAGCGAGUUCCUGGCUGUUAGUGCGGUAGAUGGCGCUAUUCAGGGUGUAAAAAAUGCUCAGGGAGCUGUGGUAAUGAUGGACUUACUUGGUGUGGAUAAAUUAGCCAGUUCAAUGGCGGUAACCAUGGCAGUACAGUGCAUUGCUAUAUUCUUAGGGCCAACAGUCUCAGGGCAAUUAAUAGACAGGUAUGGAAGUUAUGACGGGGCCUUCUAUUUCGGGGCCGGGGCAAUACUGCUUGGCGGACUAGUGAUGGCAGCUGGUAACCUAGCAAAACACUGCAGAGACAGAAAAGCAAAGGACAUUUUAGACAGCGACUGAAAAAGAUAAAAUUGACAUAUUCGCCAUUGAUCCUUCUAGAGAAAAACAUUAUCACGUUUUAAUAUGUGCUUUAAUAAAAAAUAUUAAAAACAAAGUAUUUAUAAUCAUUCCAAUUUUUGCACACUGCUGACGCCGACUUAGUAACGCUUCAUUAUUAUUAUUGAAAUUAUUUUCUGAAAUGUUUUAUUAGAGUUAAGGAAUAAGAAAGGAAGUGUAGAUGUAAGAUUUUCAAACGCAGUUCCUUAUAUAUUCUAUGUGGCAAAUUUCACUGACUUAUAUUGUGACUUCGCAUCAUUUGUUACCCUGUCUUUUAAAGAUAACAAUCCACGGUGGUCUAUAUCGUCCAGGGAUUUCUGACCGCUCUUAAGUAAGAGAGAGAAAUGAUAUCGGUAGUUUUCCCGAAAAACAGGUCAGUUCUCCUUAAAUAUCAUACUUUGCAUCCAAAGAAACUAUUAAGUGCGAAAAUUAACUCGAUGUACGCAGUAAAAAAAAAGUGAAAAGCCAGGCGAAAGCGGGUAAGUAUCAUUAAGGGCUUAAGAAAAGGUCAUAAACGUUUAUUUCGGGAUAGCCUUAUAAAAAAGUUGCCCAUACUGUGAAAUGGUGCUAAAAGCAUUGUUUUCUAUGAAUUUUUAACUUCAUAUAUGACCUAAAAUUUCGACUGACCAGGAAUAUUUCGUAUGAAAAUGGUAUUCUACAUAUGAUUUCACUUUUGAACUCAUUUUGUCAGUGGUUUAUUUAAAUAUAACCAUAAACUGAUAAACUACUGUACCUUUCAAACAGUGAUAUUAUCAAUUGCCGUAACUUCACUUAAAUGCGAAAGAAUAUCAGUUGUAAAGAAACGGGAAAAAAAGGAAUUGAACAUUCUAUUACUUGUGUUAUUAAUCUGCUAACAAUUGCUAAAUAUAAGUAUCUGUGAAUACAUGAAAGUAAUUGUGUAUAAUAAACCUUUCAAUAAUU